GUUGUUAAAUUUCAGCUGAAUUGUGAUUAUGUCGUUAGUUCAUCGCAAUCUUUUCUUGAAAUAAAUUAAGUUUCAUGGUUUUAUUUCACACAAGCAGAUUUACUUACGAAAUACGGUGACGCUGCUCGCGGCAACCUCGCUGGCCUCGGCGCAGCUGUUCCCGUUCGCCAGCCUGCAGGAGUACUUCGACCACCGGGCCCGGCGCGGCCCGGGGGUGGUCGGCGACUCCUCCGGCGAGGAGUCGGCGCAGGUCCCGGCGGUCGUCCCCGCCAGCGAGUCGGAAGGUGUCCAGGUGGCCGAGGAGUCGGCGCACGUGGGCGCGGUGUCGCGGCAACCCGCCUCCGUGCUGACCCCGCCGGACCCGGAACUGCAAUCGCCCCUACCCACCUUCCACAGCCAGAAGGACACGCCCGCAGACGCAGCUGCCUCGCCGUCGUACGAUUCCCUGGUUACGCCCGUUUUUCCCAGCCAGGACCCCGUCUCCACUACUUACCUGCAGGCAAAACCCACGUAUGAAGGACAGGAAAGCGUCGAAUCUGUUUUUCCCACUUACUCCUUACAGGAAAAAUCCAUGAAUAAUGGUCAGAAAAGUAUCGAAUCCAUUUUCCCUGCUUACUCUUCGCAGGAAAACCCCACAAAAGAUGGUCAUACAAAUAUAGAAUCAUUUUUCCCCACUUACUCCUCGCAGGGGAAACCCACAAUUGAUGGCCAGAAAAGUAUCGAAUCCAUAUACCCUGCUUACUACGACUCCACUCAGGCUAAACCCAUGCUGAAUGGUCAGAGAAACGCAGGAGCUUAUGCCCUUGCCACAUUUGAGAGCCAGAGGAACGUGCAGCCAUCCCAAGCAGUAGCGCUGAAGACACCGCUCCCCAUGCCCAACCCAUACCUGACCGCCCCAAAGCCUGCCAUUAAGGCCGUGCCUUUCGCUUCAUACCCAUCUCCGCCACAGGUGUAUGAGGUCGGCCCCACACCGCUCAAGCUGUCAAAGGCCUACCCGAAGAAGUACCGGCCAGAGCUGGAUCAGCCGAAGAAGCCCGCCAACCUGAAGGCACAGUACCCACUGACAAAGCUGAAGAAGCAAAGUGCCCACCAUGUGGCGGCCACGAAGCAGGCAGCGAGCUUUCAAGACAAGGGCCCUGUCGUCGCUGCGAAGACAUCGGCGCCGGCUGUAACUAAGCUGUCGCCCUCUGCCGAGCAGUCUGCGGCGGCCAGCGGGUUCGCCCACACCGCUGACAUUGCAGGCCAUGGCUCAGGCCUUGUGAACCACCACGAUGCUGUGGCGGCAGGCCUGGGCCCGGGCCACGACCGCGUCGAGUUCCAGAUGUACGGACACCGUGGCCCACACUCCUACAAGUUCGGCUUCGACACCGGCAAAGGGCACAACCGGCAGUUCCGUUUCGAGGAACGCGACCCAGAUGGUCACGUCAAGGGCCACUACGGCUUCUACAGCAAAGAUGGCAAGCUGCAGGUCAUCAGCUACUCGGCGCAUCCGCAGCACGGCUUCCACGCCGAUGGCAACUUCGGCAAGCAUGCCAUCUGAGCACCGCUCCCCAGCACCCCCCUUCCUCUCAACACUGGGUCACCACCGACAUGAGACUAGGCUGCACCUGUCAUGCUGGCAUUUUCACUUGCCUGUCCCAGAUACUUACGAAGAUACACAUACUUCGAAACUGGCAAGAUAUAAUGAGGAGAAACAGAAAACUGAAUACUAACGCGUGACCGUGAAGUAAUUUGACACGUAAAAGUAUCUAGUUGAGUAUAUUUCCCUGACUUUCUGUAAGUAGCAAAUAAUGUGUGGUAUUUAUCUGAAAAAAAAAUUAAGUACUAAAAGUAACAUGCAAUACUGUAACCACCCCACAUGGCGGGUGAAAUAGAGCCGUAAGCCAUGAGCGCAAGUUUUCUAACAAACGCAGGGGCACUAAGGGAAAGACUGGCUCGCGUUAUCACACACCUCAUCACCUGCCUGCAGGAACGUGUGUACGGGGCUUUAAGCAGCGACCCUAUAGUAUUAAUAUUAAAGAUAAAGGUUCCCUGCUCAUCCUUACACUACUUACGAUACUACGCGCAAAGGUUUUCUGGUCAGUAUGAAAACAACUGUUUAAAGCUUUUCUGCUGUUCAAAAUAAUACACGUUAGAAACAAAACGUACCUGUAUGGGCAAGCGUAAUGGCUCUUAAAUGAUACAAUUAGACACUUAAAAAAAUUUGAGCAGAUUGAAAAUGCCACAAACCCUGCAAAGGUUACGUAAUUAAUUUUAACAUUUAGUUUGUGUGUGUGUGUGUGGGUGGGGAAGGUGCUACACUUUAGACCCCUAGCAUCGGCUCCUGUGGCCAUGCUUGUUGAUUGGUGCAACCAAGUAGCCAUUCUGGUCUGCUCAGUGACUGGGAGGGCGUUUUGAUUUCAAUUAACCCGUACAGGCAGAGAAUUUAUACGACGUAAUUUCACACUGGUUAGGUUAGGUUUGGUUUAGUUUAGUAAGUUAAUACGUAAGCCAUCUCCUGUUGUUCCUGCUGGCAUAAAGGUUGGAGACAUUCUUGAAACAAAAAAAAGGGGGUUGUCUGUAAAGUAGGUUUACGGACGAUAAUUUUACGUGAUAACGUCAUAAGAAAACAUUGAUGAAAAAUUGCAUACAUUUAAUUUUCAAAUACGUAUUACUAACAGUUUUUGCAAAUUUAAUUCAAAUAAUUUGUUUCAAUAUAAUCACGAAAAAUUAGUUAAAAAUCUCGCCUUAACCUGUUUGAUAUUAUAGAAGAUUAUCUCGCACAGUGGUUGGCCGGUUCUUGCACGCUCGGCUCAGGCGGAACGUGACAAUUUUUCGUGCGUGCAGCCGGCGUUCAUUGAUUUAUAAGACAUUAUCACGUCAAAAUGCAAUUUUGACUUAACUGCAUCCUUCAGCACUAUCUCGUGAUGCAAUGUUCAUGAAUGAAUGAUCAGGGACAUUUUUUAAAUGUGGUAAUGAUGGUGUAUGCCUUCCCUCCAGUGAAUCAUUUUUUAACUAAAAUUUACACUAAUACAAUACCAAUUUCAGCACUUCAACAAUAAAUUUUCAGAAAAAUCCUAAUCUUGCAAUAAUAAGGAAAUUAUUUUGCAAUGCUGAAUAACAGUUAAAAACAUUUAAAGUUAAAAAAUUUUUAAUUAUGGUAAUUUAAAUAUCAGCAAUCUGACUAAGUACAGGCUUCAUAUGACAUUUUUAGCUUGAAAUGAGCGGACACUAUCUUUCAACACUUUUUGAAGUCCAUGUUUUUGAAUUAGUGCAACUAUUGUGACAUUUGUAGUUGCCUGUUGUAUUACUCAGCCAACUUUUUCUCUCUGGUGAUUUGAAACUGGAAACGUUUAGUCGACUAUCCAAUUGUGCAGGUUCAGAGAACUUGAGAACCUAUUACUUAAGUCUGCCAUGCAAAAACCAUGGCCAAAAUUGUAAAUUAAUUUAAUGAGGGUAAUUUUUAGUGGUCUAUACUUCCAACAUGUUGAUGUGUCUUGAACACAAAUCACAGAUAGAAUAACUCACAUUAAUUCACAAGUGCAGAUUAGAUAUUUUAAAUUUUUGUUUUUAAAUUUCUUAAGCCCCUUUCUGUAUAAUAGUGCAAGCCUAAUAUAUGCAUAUUUUUUUUACAUGAAAUGGUAAUUUUGUUUCCAUGAAACUUGUUGAAUGAAUGGUUGUUCACAAUAACUCUUGAAUAUUUGGAAUUUCAAAAAAAUAUUACAUCGUUAACACAUACUACUUACUAGUUAAGGACCAGAUAAUGGUUCUGCUGUGUUGAGCAAGAUUAACUUUUUUUAAUAGGGCAUAUGUUAAAACACAGAUACAGUAUGUUUUACCAUACAAUGUUGUUUCUAGAACCUAUGCAAGUUCCGACUAUUGACGUAUGAGAUGCUGUGAGGUGUAAUGGUGCUACAGCAAGCAGCACUGGGAUAUUGUAGUGUUCGGCAUGGAAUCAUGUGUAAAAAAAUGUUUUAUAUGUAUUUAUUAUUUGUAGUGUUUAACAUUUUUUUUAUUCCAAUAAUACUAUAUGAAUUUUGUAAUCUACACUAGUCUCAUAAGUGAAAUGUAUUACAUAAUUGUUUGUACCAUAACCAAUUUUAUUUUUUAUAUUUUCAUAUUGUUUUUCUAUCUUGUUACUACCAAUAUAUUAGACAAUAAAGUAUAUAAUUGAGAG